GUCGUUUGAUUCUCGCACGACAUGGGAGCGUCGCCGACGAAGAUUACCGAUACUGGACAACUUGAAAACGGCGAUCACAUUUUAGUAAAUGGUGUGAGCCCUCUAGACUGCAGCUUAUCAUCAUCAUCAUCAUUUUAUUAUCAUCAUGGUAUAUACAGUGACGGGUAUGUGUACCAUUUUUUCGGUGACACUCAACGAGAUGCAAGUGUAAAGAAAUCUAGAAUUGAGGAUUUUUUGAAUGGACGAAGUGGCUUAUAUCGUAUCAACUAUUAUGGACAGUUAUGUUACGAUUCUCAACGAGUUGUUGAGAGAGCCGACGAGAUAUUUCAAUAUGGGACAUGGCCAGGAUACGAUCUGGUCUCCAACAACUGUGAGCACUUCGUAACAUAUUGCAAGACAGGGAUUGCCUACUCCAGUCAAGUCAACAACAUCUUUAUUAUUAUGAUUAUUAGUUUUAUUAUUAUUAUUAUGCUAACUGCCGUGGUGUUCUUCCAUGGCUAUGGGUUUACUAGAGGUAGUAAUCCCAACAAUCUUUUUACAAGGAUGAAUUCAGUCUAGACUUGAUGAUUCGCCAUUUAUGUGAACAUAUAAUAAAAUAGUUGAACAAGAAUGACUAGUAUGUUUAGUGGUUUUUAUGUUGUCUGUAUCUUCCCUAGACUUCAGUAGUCGCCCUUUAAUGAUAUCAUAUGUGUAUAACAUUAUAGGGUCGUAAUUGGAUAGGCAUA